CAUCACAAAAACUGUACAUUUACUGCUGCGAAGUCUAUUGUCACACAACGACAAGUCGCCGUGGUUCGGCACCAGCUCCCGUUCUGAGCUGGCGUCAGCUCACUGGCGUCGUUCCAAGUGCUCACUCACACUCAUGCCGCACGUUGUGCAAUGUGCGGUGCGAACGAAGCGUCAACUCCGUCCUUCGCCCCAUAUGUACUAGGGUAGGGCCUACCUAGUAGUUUAGGUUCUAGAUAGGCCCUUCUUUCUGUCUGGCUGAUCACCGCGAAUACAGGGACACUAGGCUGCUGGUUCGUGCUCCUUGUGUGCGUGCGUCACAGCCUGAGUGGUUGGACUCGUGCGGGAAGUCACACGCUAGUUAGUACUACUAACUAGUAGUUAAUCGUCUCUAACGACUGCUAGUCAGCGUUUCGAUCUGCAGCUGAACCGUGUCUUGCCGAAGUAGCAAUAUUUCGGUGUCAGGCAGUUAACGUCCAGUUCCCGCCAUUCCCAGCGCCAUUCACCCUUCCGCCGUUCGCCCUUCCGCCGCUCGCCCUUUCGCCGUUCAUUCUUCCGCCGUUUUCACUUCACCCUUCCGCCAUUCGCUCUUCCAAAAUUCGCUCGCCCCCACACAAAGCUCCCGCCGCACACCCCGCCAUACACCCCGCCGUACACCCCGUCAUCUCGACAUUAAAUAUUCGAUAUCUCCGGGUCGUGCAUGAUAGUCCCCGACAGUAACUCCUUCGCGAUCCCGGUAUUCGCGCUUCUGUAAAUUACAAUUAGCGCAUAAAAAUUAGACUCGUUUUGCGGGAUUCCUCCUGCCCUAGUUCCAUUCACGAGUUCGGUGGCCGCUACCAUUUUUAAGGCCCACGCCUUUCUCAGAUUAAAGACGUGACCAGCUAUAUGCGGGUCGGAAAUUUCGGCUCGGAGCCGAGCCAGCGGGAGCGGCGGCGGCAGCGACGGCGGGUGCCGCCCGUUUUUUUCCGCGCCGCUGGUCAGCGCGGAAUGCUCUUCCCCGCAGCGUUCGCGCUUCUUCUAAUGGCGACGUGCCACGUGGACACAACGGCCGCAGCCGCCUUUAAGGCCACCGACGCGUUUAAGCCGGCAUGCGGGCUGAUGACGAGUCCAGGAGCCAAGGGCUGGAAGCGGUGGAGCGACUGGCGCACGUGGGGGGGACCCAUGCGCUUUCUGGGAGUGCCGGGGCGCGGACUGCGGAAAUGGCAGGACGUCACGAUCCCGUGCGGCGUCGCGAUUCUGCUGGACGUACCCGAUAUAAGCGUGAAAACGCUCACCGUUAAAGGCUGGCUCAAGGUUCUCGACUCCCCGUCGCUCCCUAACAUCAACAUCAGAGCUAAUUACAUCGUGGUGAUGGGCAAGCUCACGGCGGGCGAGCCGAGCCGCCACUUCUCGAGCCGCCUCGCCUUCACGCUGUUCCCAACCGCCAACCGCAAGCCCUUCCAGCUGACAAAGCUCGCUCCAGCUGAUCCGGGCAACCCGAGAGACCUGGGGCACAAGGCGUUCAUCGUGGUGGGCGGUCAGGUGCAAUUCCACGGCAUGCCGGGCGGCAGCGACACGCCCUCGUGGGUGCGGCUGAGUGAGACGGCCAAUGCCGGCCAGAGCUACGUAUUGGUGGAUGCUGACGUCAGCAACUGGGCGGCAGGGAUGACGGUGGCUCUGGCCUCCACCAGUAACGACCUGAACGAGGCGGAGCACCACGUGAUCGCCUCAGUUGCUGCUGACGUCAGCACUCCUGGCGUUUUCCGCAUCAACCUGCGGACUCCCCUGAGGCACACCCACCAGGGGGAGGUGUUAUCUGAUGGCGGCUCGGGCACCGUGGGAAUCUUCGGGGAAGUUGCGCUACUGGACCGCCACGUCAGCAUCCAGGGGACGAAUGAGGAGGCGCCACAUCAGUACGACGGUGGCCACUUUAUUAUCUACAUGACCCCGACCCCUCAGACGCUGGAGGGGGUGCAGUUCAAAGGACUCGGAAAUCAGGGGAACUUGGGGAGAUACCCCGUGCACUUCCAUAUUUGCGGGCAGCAGGGGGAGGCGCAUGUGGUGCGGAAGAAUGCGAUUGUGUUUACCAGGCAGCGCUGCAUGGUGAUCCACGCCACGGGCAACAUGAGCAUAGAAGACAACAUAGCCUAUGAGACCAAGGGCCACUGCUACCUGCUGGAGGAGGGGAGUGAACUCAACAACCUCUUUACCCGCAACCUUGGGAUCAACGCCAGAAAGGUUGACAAGGUGAUUCCCCCCGCCUCAAGCAGCAAGCUGGACAAGCAGACGGACCGGCAGCCCACCACGUUUUGGCUGGGCACGCCUCACAGCAACUUCAUCGACAACGUGGCUGCUGGGUCGGAGGACUCGGGGUUCUGGUUAGAAGCCACGCCCUACAUGAGGGGGGUGUCCCGGCUGCUGCCUGAGAUCGGCGCCAUCAAUCCGCUGACUUACAACUGGGGCGAGUACAGCGGGAACGUUGCUCAUAGCAACGUGUUUGGGUUCCGCACCUACCCGCACGGCUCGUACGCAAAAUACCCAGUGUAUAAUAAGGAGCCUGCUCCCUUGAAGGACUUUCUUAUCUACCGAAACACAGUGGGAAUGUUCUUUUUCAACAGCGAGCGCAUCGUCGUUCAGAAUGGAAUCUUCCUGGAAAACGCCGUGGGCAUCGACUUGAGUCGCAACGUGAGGCUCUCGGCUUCGGGCUGCAAGUUCAUUGCACAGGCUGCUGCUGCUGCUUCCUCCUCCUCCUCCUCUUCCGCUACCAGCAGCACCAGCAGCAGUGGUAUCAGAGCACUCAGCAGCAGCUCAGGUUCCGAACAUGAUUCGGAUUUCCCUUCUGCGGCAGGCCCAACCACUGUGACUCAACCCGAUAGCCUCUCCCUCGCUCUCGGGCCUCUGGACGAGAUCUAUGGCGCCGGUGUUGAUUUCACUCGGCCAGAAGAGGAACUGUUUAAAGAGCUCAAGACCAAGCCAGGGGCGAUGGGCAGAGUGCGGCAGCAGCAGAGGUUAGGCCCCAUGCAGAGGGUGAUAGGUGACGACAAGACGGGCAGCUUCAACUCGCCUGUGGGGAUUGUUGUCAGCCAGUGCAACCCCUCGGACCCCCCUGGGCCCAACUCCAUUCAAGAUAGCUUCUUUUCUGGCUAUGGUGCAACAGACGAUGCGAGCUUUGCCCUGCUGCUCACAGCCAACCACGCCGGGGGGUUCUGGAACACAGCCAUGUUUGUCAAGGGUCUGACCUUCGGUGAGGGAACCAACAAGUUCUGGGCAACUCCCAACCCCUCCUCUGGCACUCCCCCCCGCGGGGGGCUGGUCGCCCGCUUCUACGCCGUUCGGGAUCUCGACGGAUCCCUCCUCGGCCAAUCAGGCUACGCCGUUGCCAACUACGACCCAAUCCUGCCGCCCGCCGCCGUCCGCGCCGCCCAGUGCACGCUGAACAGUGCGCAGAACGCGUAUGCGUGCGACGGGGUGUGCUACAGAGCCGUGGGGAUCGGGUACCAGGAGUGGGGGGUCAGACCGAAUGGCAUGGCUGGGCUUCCGGCUUAUGUUCUGAGACCGUACAGUUACGUCAUCAUCACACGCUUAGAGGAUGGAGUCCAGUUCACGGAUUAUGGCACGGACAACGACAAUCCCAACAACGGGCCCGCCACGCCCACCAAGCGGGUCCGCCGCUACCUCACCACUUCUCUACUCGCGGGCUAUACCUACAACUUGAAAAUUGUCCCGGCGCCCACCAACCCUCUCUUCUACCCUGCGGCAAUCUUUGUGAAGUCAUAUGAUGCGGAGGGGUGCGAAGGCAGCAUGAAGAUUGUCUUGGAGCCUAAGGACGGCAAGACGCAGUGGGUCACCGACAUCUCCACAAUUCCCUGCGCUGACCAGAACAGCAACUUGAGCUACCAGCAGUACGAGUGCACGGAGGGGCAGUCAAAGCUGGCGAUCCAGAUUGGAGAGAACAGCUACGGCACACAUGCGAUUGUCAAUGCCACUGCUGUCGCCAGCCAAGCCUGCACUGAAAGCACGCCCUGCUCCACCUCCUCCUCUCCCUCCUCCUCUCCCUCCCCCUCUCCCUCCCCGUCUCCUCCCCAAACCACUCCAUACUCUUCGGAUCCUCUUUCUCCCAAGUCCUCCUCUCUGCCCCUUUACCCCACUCGCCUCACGGGCGGCAACAUCGACCCCUUCUAUGACCCCGCCUUCUACUCCCCCACAUGAAUUUGGAACCUGGCAAUGCCUGUCAACCUCCAGCUAAUCGUUCCUGCUCCCCAACGCCAGCUGCCAGUGUCAAGGAGAUGUGUUGCAUGGAAAAACAAAUUCACCUUGGAUUUAUAUAACUCUGGGUGCUUUCCCUUCCCCGUCAGGGUGCAACCCCCUCCUAUUCUGCUGUAUGCACAGUGGGUUUUCGUGUCGAGGAUGGUGUCACUAGAAAAUUGCUUAUUUAGGUGUGGCUUGCCAUGUAUUUGGGCCCGAGGAUCGAAUAUAAAUGCCAAGCUUUU